UGGCUACGAAAUUUGAAAGAACAACGAGUUGUUGAAAACAGGAUCGAAAUUUGUCUCGGUAAAUCAACAAAUUUAGGUAAACAUGGCACAGAACAUCAAGACUAAAAUUGGAUAUGGAAUCUACCUGGCGGCUAAGGAGUGCAUCAGUGAAUUUGAGACAAAUAUGGCUGAUCAUUUCACAUGGUUGAAUGAGGUGUUGAUUGAAUCAAAACGAUCAUUUAGCAGCCCGGAGGUCCAGCUCCUGCCGAAGACCCCUAGUGCCAAGAGAAAGCGUGGCCGUAGAAAGAAAACUACAGAUGACAACAGUAGUGAAGCUGAAGAGCCUCCAUCCAAAAGAUCAAGCCGUGCAAACACGAGGAAAAAUGCUGCUUCAAACCAAGAAGAGGAUAAUGACACUGAUACCUCUAAUACCUCAACUACAUCAAGAAAUGGUAGCUCACGUGCUACCAGAAGCAGUGCACGUAAUAAGAAAAAGGGAGAAUCUGAAACUGAAUCUGUUGGACCACCUCCUCUUAUGUCUAUAGUUAACAGUGUUGAUAUACCAGGGACUAUUACUGAAGAAUUAGAAGUUAAAUCUCCUGUUCGUCAAGUUAAAAUUGUUACACCAAAUACAACUCCUAAGGUUGUAAGUGUUAUCAGUUCCCCAAAAAUAAGCAGCCCCAAAACCCACACCCCUAAAACAGUUGUGUCUGAUUUUGCUCCAUCCCCUUCAAAAUUACGGAAACUGACCCCGCAGAAGGUGAAUAGCCCUAAGAAGCAAGUUCAAGGAUUUGGCUUACUGGCAAGUGUUCGAGAAAAAGCUAGUGCAUACAUGGGUAUGGUUUUAGGAAAUAAAACUGAACCUGGUCAUAAUACCCCAGUUAAAAAGACUCCUGUGGGGAAAGCAAAGACUCCCACAGCACAACAAACUAUUAUGCAGACCCCACCUACACAUGUUCAACAACAAAGAAUAACAGAUACACCAAACUCUACCACUAAUGACACAAUACAAUCUCCAGCAACUGUACAGACCUCCACCUUCAAAUCAACUGCACAACUAACCUUAUCAAUAGAAAAAUCCCCCAAAACAAUAAGCAAUACUGACGUUGUCCUCGAGUCAGAUGAUGAAUCAACAGCAAUUCCCAACCAUACUCCAAUUGCCAAUAUAAACCAAGAGACCCUUCCUCUUACCCCUGUAGUUGAAAGCCCUGCCCCAGAAAUUCCCCCAACUGAGACUGAAGCACCACAAAGGAGACAGUCAAAGCGUUUGAGCAAACGGGCAUCUCUACGAUGUCCAAAGAAGAGCCUGUCUCAGAGAAGAUCCAGUGUUUUAGUGAUAAAGGCAAGGCAGACAGCCAGAGAAUCCAUGGCAAGAAGGCUGUCUGUGUCCUCCCAUAGGAGUGAAGCAGAGGAACAAAUGCAAGUGUCUGAAGAGAGUACAGGAGCUGUUAGCACAUCAUCAGAUGAUGCCAAGGGUAGAUCCACCAGAUCCAAACUUAGAGUGAAGAAAACCACAGACAGCCAGUCUGCGGAUGUUCCCCUACCUGUCCGAAGCACCAGAUCCAAAAUGAGGCUGAACAAAGCAGCGCCACCUAGUUUACCAACCACAUCCUCAUCUGACGAGUGUUCAACUCCUAAUGCCCCCACCCGUGUCACAAGAUCUAAAAUGAGGGCCCCACGGCCAAAACCCCAGACCCUGCCUGUUGAUGAAUCACCUAGUAGUACUGCUGGAGUUGGAGGUGAAAUGUUCAGACCUCCUGAAGCAAGAGCAACAAGGUCAAAAAUGAGGAAGAGACCCGCAGAAUCUGAAAAUGCAGUAAAACGACCAAAAAAGAUGUCAUCCGGGAGUAGUAAAGAUGACAGUGGUAACUUGGAUGAUAUGUUAGCUGACAAUAUGUCUCCUAAAGGAAAUGACAGUGUGGACCUCAGUGAUAUCAUAGACAAGACACCAUCUCCUGAAUGUCCUAGAAAUAAGGUGGUGAGGCCCCAUGUUAAAUCUUUCCUGAAUAACUUAAAUAAGACCAAACCAGCCACGCCACAACACAAUGUUAGCAUUGUGAAAUCUUUCCUUAAGAGGAACACACCCAAAAAAGUUAAUAACAAGGAGGAGUUUAAUCAGGAAAAGGAGGAUAAGAGGCGGAAGGAAAUGGAGGACAAGGGGAGGAAAGAUGAAGAUAGGAAAAAGAGGAUAGAAGAACAAUUGAAGCAGCGAAGACAAGAACAGAAAAAGAAAAAUGAAGAACGCCAAAAACGUGCAGCAGAAUUACGUGAAAUGCACCAGAAGAAAGAAGCUGAGUUGAAGAAGCGUACUAUCGAGGCCAACAACAAAUUAGCGCAGAAGACGAGAGAGGAAAGGCUUAAGGAAGACAUGAAAGAAAAACAAAAACUAAGGGAAAAGAAAAUGGCCGAAGUUGGGGAAAAGCGUAACAAGGAAGAAGAAAUUAGAUUACAAAAACUAAAAGACCAGGAGGAAGAGCAGAAACGUCAUGAUGAUAUGAUGAAGAGAAAGAAAGAGUACGAAGAGCAAGAAAGACAGAAGAAGGCAGCUGAGCAGAAGCGAUUAGAGGAAGAAAGACAACAAGAAGUAGAAAGGGAGAGACAGCGGGAGAUUCAAAGGAUAAGGAAACAACAGGAGGACAAGGAGCGAGAGAGACAGAAAGCUAAGGAAGAAAGGGAGAAGGAACUUGAGCGGCUUAGAGUCGAGAGAGAAAGGACAGAACUAGAGAGAGUACGAGAACGUGACAGACUAGCACGUGAACAGCUGGAAAGGGAACGAGAGGAGGAGAGGAAGAUGAUAAAAGAAGCCCAGAAGAGCAAGAAGAAAGAGACUGAAGAAGAAGUUAGAAUCAAAAAUAUGAUUAAUAAACAUAACACAAGUUUACAGGCCACCAGCAGUACAUCAGGCAACACAAGCAUGAACACUAGUGCAGCAGUACCUAACAAUCUUAAUGGUACCUUCAAUAAAUCAAAGUCCAACCUCAACACAACAGUAGAAACAUAUGAAAUCACACCAGUGAAGGAAAAGAAGAAAUCGACCCAGGAAAACUAUGGCCUGGAUGACCUUAACUCUGAUGAUUCCACUGAUGAUGAUGAAGCUCCUAAAAAGAAAAUCCCUAGUUGGGCACAAGGUGCCGCCUUGAAAGCUGCAUUAAUAAACCAACAUUACCACCCUCCAAACAUAGAUGAUAUAUUUGGUGAUAUAUUUGUCAUGCCAGACUUGUGUGUUAUAUUUAAAAAGCAGAAAGCUAGGUUCCAUAAACGUACUAGCUCUGCAGUGUGGGACUCGCCUUUGUACAAACCAGCAGCGAAAUUACAGUCAUAACAACAUGCAUCACAUAGCAAUUGGCAAUUUAUAUACAUGUAAAUAUGUACAGAUGUGUAAUAUAAGAACACUGAGUGACCUCCUGUGAGAAGUGAAUGAACUGUGAAUAGGGCUCUCCCCAUUCUGUAAUUUCUGAGGUGCAGCACCUCAAUAUCACAAAAAUGCCUUUCCAAUAUUUCUAUAUGCUCCAUCAUAAGAAAACAUAAAAAUAUUAAAAUGUUGCAUGUAAAAUUACAAAAUCUUAAAAUAUUGCACUAAAUAUUACAAAAACCUAAAAUAUUGAACAAA